UCCUGGCCCCUCAGAGUAACUUUUUUAUUAUUAAAGAUUCUUAAGAGAUUUAUUUUUCCUUGCUCCAAGUCAACUGUGGUUUUAUAUCCUUUAGGAAAGACGUGACUGUGGGACCCUGCACCAUAUACAUUACAAAAAAAAGAGGAAAGUGAUUAUUACUCAAAGAAACUCUGAAGCACAGAAACCAGCUGAACUGAGUUUUCACUAAGCUGUUUCAGUCCAGAAUGGCCAAGGAUUCCGGUGUGAUUUCAACUCUGAUACCUCAAGAUCAUCAGGAGCAAGGAUUAAUACUAGUGAAAAUAGAAGACAGCUUUUCCUGGGGCCCAAAAUUUAAACAGAAUGGGGAUACCCAAUCCUGCCAAGAACUAUUUCGACAGCAAUUUAGAAAGUUUUGCUACCAUGAGACACCCGGGCCCCGGGAGGCCCUGUGCCGACUCCAGGAGCUGUGCUAUCAGUGGUUAAUGCCAGAGUUGCACACUAAGGAGCAGAUCCUAGAACUCCUGGUGCUUGAACAGUUCCUGAGCAUCCUGCCUGAGGAGCUACAGAUCUGGGUUCAACAGCAGAGUCCAAGAAGUGGUGAGGAAGCUGUGACCCUGUUGGAGGAUUUGGAGAGAGAAUUUGAUGAUCCAGGGCAGCAGGUCCCAGCUAAUCCACAGGGACCAGCAGUGCCGUGGAAGGAGUUGACAUUUCUUGGAAGUUCCCAAGAGGCAACAAACAUCCAACUUCAGCCUUUAGAGACACAGCUGAAAUCCUGGAAACCUUGCCUUUCCCCUAGAAGUGAUUGUGAGCACAGUAAGACAACAACAAAGGAGAAGAUUUCAGGAGAAAAAGCAGAGGAACCCUCUCACGAAUCUUCAUUUGGAGGAAUUGCUGAGCAUGAAAGCAACUUAGAGUGGCAGCGAAGAAGUGCUUCGGGGGAAAAAUUAAGACGAUCCCCUCCUCAAGGAAGCAGUUUUAGGCAAGUGAUUGUCACACAUAAAUCUUUAGGAAAGAGAGACCAUCUUGAUGACCCUCAAAGAUAUCUGAUUUUAAGUGCCAACUCUGUACCAAUUCAGAAACGUGAAACAGAAGAGAAACCUUAUAGAUGUGAUACGUGUGGCCACAGCUUCAAGCAGCACUCUUCUCUAACACAACAUCUGAGAAUCCAUACUGGAGAAAAACCCUAUACUUGUAACCAGUGUGGGAAAGCCUUUAGUUUAAGGUCAUAUCUUAUUAUUCAUCAAAGAAUCCACAGUGGUGAGAAAGCAUAUGAAUGCAGUGAAUGUGGAAAAGCCUUCAAUCAGAGCUCAGCCCUCAUUAGACAUCGGAAAAUUCAUACUGGUGAAAAAUCUUGCAAAUGUAAUGAGUGUGGCAAAGCAUUCAGUCAAAGUUCAUAUCUUAUUAUACAUCAGAGAAUUCACACUGGUGAGAAACCCUAUGAAUGUAAUGAGUGUGGAAAAACCUUUAGCCAGAGCUCAAAACUUAUUAGACAUCAGCGAAUUCAUACAGGAGAACGACCCUAUGAAUGUAAUGAAUGUGGGAAAGCUUUCAGGCAGAGCUCAGAGCUGAUUACCCAUCAGAGGAUACAUAGUGGAGAGAAACCCUAUGAAUGUAAUGAAUGUGGAAAGGCCUUCAGUCUAAGCUCAAACCUCAUCAGACAUCAGAGAAUUCACAGUGGAGAGGAACCUUAUCAGUGUAAUGAAUGUGGUAAAACCUUCAAAAGGAGGUCAGCCCUUGUUCAGCAUCAGAGAAUCCAUUCUGGGGAAGAAGCUUAUAUAUGUAGUGAGUGUGGGAAGGCUUUCAGGCACAAAUCAGUUCUUGUUCGCCAUCAGAGAGUCCAUACUAUGAAGUAAAUUGUAAAUACCAUUACUACUGUAAAUAGUCAUAUUUUCAUUUUUGUUAAAUGGUUUUACUUGGGAGCACGAUUUCAUUAAAGUAGUAAACACCAGGUCUUGAAUCAUUCUAGCUUUCUGCACCACUUUCUAAUGCUAGAGUGAUGUCCCAUAAAAGCUUGUCCUAUGAUUAAUCAAAAAUAAUGGGAGAAUCACUGCUUUCAGCUUUUUUUUUUUUUUUUGGUACUAGGGAUCGAACUCAGGACCUUGUGCU